AUGCAGCCCUGGCCGGCUGGGAGUUUACCCGAGCUCGGCCGACACUCCCCCGGGCCGAGCCCUCGCGCGGCGUUCCCAGAAGUUCACACAAAGCGCGCAGUCUCCCCCGCGGCCCAGACCCAAGCCGGAGCACAUGGCUCCCGGGGCGGCGGGGGAAUCGGCCUUCGCUCGGGGCGCCGGCACCCCUCGCACCCCCGCCCCGCCACCCUGCGUCACACUCGGCGCUUCGGCUCCCCGGGGGGCCCGCCACCCCUGUGGGGCUGGGGCUCGGGAAGAAAGAAAACUCACGUGGCUGUCCCGGGGCAGGAAAAAGUUUGGUUCCCACCCUCCUUCCCCCGCCGCUCGGCGCUGGCUGAUCUUCGGGGCGCGGGGCCGGCCGAGCCUGCGCGCUCGGCUUUGUGCUCCGAACUCGGCCCGGAGGGGGAGGGGAGGGGGCUGGGCUCCCACCUCCGCACCGCCCCCCCCCCGCACCAGCCCUGCGCCCAGACUCCAUGUUGGCCGCCCCCUGCCCCGGAGACGGCGCGCUUCCACCCCCCGGGGGAGGCUCGGCUCCGACUCGGCCUGCCCGAAGGACCCGGCGCGCACAAACUUUCUUCGGGUCGCCGGCCCCACGCGCCCCGCUCCCUUGGCCCGCCCGGGAGUGACAGAUGCCUCAGAGACAGACUUUCCUUUGUUCCAAAGGAAAAGGGAACUCGCGCGGGCUCCCCGGCCCCCCCCCCAGCUCCGAGACCUUCCCGCUGCCCCCACCCGCAGCUGUCACUCUCGGGGGGCCCCCUCCCCGGCCCGGCCGCGGCGGGGGCGGGGGGGCGACCGGCGGUUAGCAACGUGCACUUUUGA